AUGAGUGAUAUCGUUGAAAUUACUACUUUGCCGGCGCAUCGAAAUAUAUUUUAUAAAAUAACUGGAAAUGGUCUAAUCUUUCUUGUUAAGAGUGGAAAUAGGAGUGACGUAGCUAUCGGAUUGUCUAAGCAACUUCAUCGGACCUGUAAUUAUUGGAUUUAUAUUGAAGACGGUCACACUUGGAUCAAGUGUUCAGAGCAGGAUCGGUAUCGCUACAAUGCACAGUACACACCAAAUCUAUUAUCAGACACAGAAUUUACCAAGUUUUGGCUCAAUUGGGAUUCAAGGGGUUUAUUUUUGGGUAAAGUCGGUGACCCUACACCUAUAGUAAGUGAGAAAGAUGUUAAUUGUGCUGACAUCAAAUACAUAACUUUUUCUGGUUGUGAGACAAGAGUAAAUUGGAAAUUCAACUUACCUCCCCAAAUACAUAGACCAGCAUUAAGAGAACUCAGUACAGGACAACCCCAGUGGGUGAAAGCGACCGACCAGUUGCCAGAUGGAUCCUUUAUAGGGGGCUAUGAAAAUGAAUUUUUGUACAUCAUCAGAUCUCCACACAGGGGUUCACUUACUCCUGGAAAAUUUGUGCCGUCUUUGGGCCUAGGUUUCAUAUCUUGGGGAGGAUCGUCUCAUGAGAAGAGUGAAUUUGAGGUUUUAUGUGGAAUUGACUGUCAAUGGGUCCCAGCCAAUGGGGAAUCCAUACCUGUCACAGCGGUAGAGGCUGGCUAUUCAGAAGGUCAUGACUCUGGACCGUUGUAUGUGGGAAGAGCAAAGCACGAAGGUCAUAUCAUACCAGGGAAGGUUCAACCUACACAUAAGGUCUGCUAUAUACCCUAUGAUGACCGGGAGAUAGCGAAAUCUGAGUACGAGGUUCUGGUCUUACCUUUCAGUAAUAAGCAUGCUGAGAAUCGUGUAUUCGCCACGAUAGCGCAUGGCGAAAUAGCUGAUGAAAAUACGGACGCAGAAAGCGUAGAUUUGUAA